CCGGCUGACCUUAAAGUCCACAUGUUGUUUAGGAUAUAUCGCCAACAUAUUGCUUGUUUCUGAGGUUUAUUUAGCAGAAAAGCAGAUCAACCAUGUUUCCACGUAGUAUUGGUAUAAAGUUCAGUGCAUCACAGUUUCACAUGAUGUUGAAACGGUGUAAAUUACUGACAGGUCAGUUUCACAGAGGAUCUGUAGAAUUAGCUUCGGGUGAAAAGAUGUUAGAAAAACAAGACAAUCAGCCUGAAAUCCGACAAGAUGACCAUCAGAAGAAGUCGUCAGAUGCAGAGUUAUCUAAGAAAGACGAUUCUGGACAGGUCCAAAUUCUCACUGAAGAUCAAUUGCCCCCUGUAAAACCUAAAACACAAACACCUUCAGAACACCCAGACCUUUGGAAAAAUCCAAUAGACAUGAGAAUUCUGCCAAAAAAAUUUGUAAUAACUGAUCAAGAAAGGAAAAUGUUUCAGUUGUCUACCUAUAUAUUCAAAGAAGUGGGAGAAUUGGGUAGAAACAAAACCAAUUUUUUGAAAGCAUUGAAAUUAUAUGAAGAACGGGAGAAAGUGUACCAAAGAGGCCUUGUAGAGUUUUUGAUGACCGGUUUAGAUAUUAUGAAAGAGUGGGGAGUACAUAAGGAUAGGGAAGUCUACAAGGCCAUGUUAGCGACUUUUCCGAAAGAGAAGUAUCUUCCAAAGUCAAAGUGGAUGGCAGAGCUUGGACACUUUCCAAAGCAACAGCAGUGUGCCAUAGAUAUACUGGAAAAAAUGCAGAACAAUGGUGUGAUACCAGAUGAGAAGAUGGAACAAAUGAUAGACGAGAGAUUUGGAAGUAGCAGUUAUGUGGUCAGGAAGUACCUGCGUAUGAUGUACUGGAUGCCAAAGUUCCGCCAUGCUAAUCCUUACCCGAUACCCUUCCACCUGCCGGAUGACCCUAUAAAGCUGGCCAUCUUAGCACUACGACGUAUGGCAGUUGAUCUCAACAACAAGAUAACUGUCUGGAAGACUGUGGAAGUUGAAGAAAACCCCCUGGAGGACACUUUCAUUGUGGGUGCACAGAGUCCCGAACAGGCAGAUCUCAUUAAUGCUCAUCCUCCAGAUAUCCCUCUAGUGGUAGAAGGCAGCUUCAGCAUCUGGCUUCGAGAUAAACAACUAUUUUACUUCGUGUUAAAAUCUGACCAAGGUAGACCUCACACACCAGCAGGAGAUGUAGAUGAUGAUUCUGAGGUUGACUGGUCAGGGCUGAACCCUUACUUCACAGAAAAUGAGGAAGAUUGUUCCAUCUUCGUUUCUCCCAGCAUCCAUAGUCAGGACACUGGUAUAGUGAUGGCUACUUGUGUAACAGGAACCACUUCUCGAGACUCUGUUGUAACAUGGGUGCGUUACCUCCAGAAAACCAAUCCCAAACUAGAACACAUCCCAAUUCUGUUCUCAAUAAAAACACACACAGGUCAGGUAGCGGAGCAACAACCUACCUAGUGACUAGUGUUCAACAUUAAAUGAAGGUUAGUAAAGAAAGAAGGGGACAUAACCCAGAAAUGAAGUCAUCUGAUGUUGAUAUGUCAGAUAGAUCUUCAAAAUCUUGUCCUAGGAUCUCCUAGAGAAACAACUGGAUGGAGUUAACCAAGGAAAAAAGGGAAGAUAACUAAGGAAGUUGUGGAUGUCAAGUCAGAAGUAUUUAUUUUGUGAUAUCAUAAGUCACAGGUCAGCUUGAUGUAACCACCAUGGCCAGUGGUCAUUAAAAUAAUGAUUGUCAUAUGUUUCAUCAUUCGAAGGUGAAACGGGUGAAAAAUUGAUUGUGGAUCAAAGAUGUGAAUAGGGAAACUGCUGACAUAUUUAAAUAUUUGGGGGUCAUUUCUCCACUGUAUAUAAAUCCUUGCUGAGAUGACAAUACAUCUGCAAGUGUUUUUUCUUUCUUUUAGCUCUAAGUCAAAUGUCAUAUGCAAAUAAGCCUCUUACAAAGGAAGAUAAUCGUGGCAAACAAGACAAUAAAAUAUGUCCCACAAUGAGGCAUAUCUAUUUAGAGAAUUUUAUUGGAAUGCAGCUGUGAAAUUCACACUAUAAAAUAAUCAUGUGAUCAGGACAUAGCAAUGAUAACAAUAAAAAGCAUUGUGUAUUGGUAAA